GUUUGCCUUGUUUCGUCUCUUUAAUCAUGGCGCUAAACCUUUUGCUCUUCCAGUGAUUCCUCUCUCUCUCUCUCUCUCUUCCUCCUCUUCGUCUGUUUUCGCCUUUUCCUGUAUCAUGUCACGGAACGAAUUUCGGCAGCCGACGAAUCUUUCACCACUCAUCCCGUUCCCGUUCCAGUUCCCGCUCCCGUAUUUUCCGCCGUCACCGCCACCCCCGCCACCCCCUACGUCGUCCGGUAACUUCCCCGUGCUGACCUUAUCCAUCCUCGGCAUCCUAGCCGCCGCCGUCCUCCUCCUCGCCUACUACUUCGUCGCCGCCCCGUGCUGCUUCUGCCGGCGGAGGCCCGACGCCCUCGGCGGCUCGCGGCGCCGCCUCCGCGACAACUUCUUGAUGUUGUCGAUGGGGGCCCGCGGCCUGGCGCCGUCGGAAAUACGCCGAAUCCCCACCUUCCAGUACCGCAAGGAAAGCGGCGCCGGCGGUGGCGUCGGCGACUGCGCGGUCUGCCUCGGCGAGUUCCGAGAGGAGGAGACCAUCCGGUUGCUGCCGGAUUGCUUCCACGUCUUCCACGUGGACUGCAUCGACACGUGGCUUCGUUCCAACGCCAACUGCCCGCUCUGCCGAGCCACCAUCACGCCGGCGGGCGCCGGCGCCCCUGUCCCCGUCGACAGGCUCCCUGCUUUCGUCCGGAGCAGUGGAUUUGAUCAGAGGAAUCGCUCCGACGACGUGGUGAUCGACGUGAAAGAUGAUGAACGGGAAGUCGAGCGGCUGAGGCAGCUCCGGCGCUACCGGAGCCUCGGCGCACGGCGCCCGCUCCCGCCCUCCGGGCCCAUGCGGCGGUCGUUCUCGGUGGGAUCGGUGGCUGCGACUGACCGGCGGCUGUACGGGGAAGUGCAGAAGAUAGUGCAGGACAACCCGCACUUCCAAGAAGCGGCGGCUGCAGCCGGGGAAGGGAGCAGCGGUGCCAGUAGAAUCCGACGGGGGUUAUUUUCAUUUCACCGGCGAUCGAGCAGUGCGGCGGCGUUGUAUUAGUGGAUUAG